AUUAGCACUACAGACUAUAAUUGUGGCGACCAGAUUAUAUGAACUACUAUCAUUCUUCUAUUUUGUUCAGUUAUCAUUUGGUCAGAUCUCAUUCAUGGGUCCAGCAGAAAUAUUGAAAACAUUACCAACAAGUUUGAGUGGCCUACAGACAUUAACAAUUCUUGAUUUCAAUUUGCUACCAGUGACACUACAUGAAGAGAAUUAUACUGCAACAUGGACUCUACCUAAUGGGGAAAUGGUAUCUAUGGAAAAUCAAAGUCCAAACAGGAAUAUAUUUGUCUUGAAAGGACGAAUUCCUCUAAAUGCUACUACAAAUGGGCCAAGCACAGCUCUACUGAUUCAAAGCCUGUCCUACACUGAUGCUGGUGUGUACAGAUGUAGUGUACAGGACGACCGCAACCCAGGCUCUCCACCAAUAGAAGGAACAAUAGAGCUAAGGCUGACAUUAACACUAACUGCUAUAAACUCAAGCGUGACAAUAUUGGACAAUGCUUCAUUUGUGGAACUAAGAUGUGAUAUGAGUGACUACAUUCGACCUGAUGAUCAACUGCAAUGGUUCAGAAAUGGAGAAAUGAUAACCCCAGGACAGGCUAGACGACAGAUCACUUUCAUGAAUGGAACCGCCAGGCUAGGACAGUUUGGAGAUCUUUCAAUCCAAUCAUCGAGAGUUUCGGUGCUCACAAUCUCAAAUCCUGUUUUAAGUGAUACUGGAGUGUACAAUUGCCGUGUGAUGGAGACUACAGAAUUCGUUGAUAUUGCACUAAUUGUACAGAGUUCAGCCUUACUUGGGGGGGUAACAGAGAUCUCAGCUACUAUUGACUCAACUACAGUUCGUCUGCCAACCAAUACAUCGUCAGAAACCACACCAACUCCAAUAGUGACCAUUGCACUAGGUGUAACGUUUGGUGGACUAGCACUACUCUAUGGUGUGAUUUAUAUAGUGUGUGCAGCAAAGUGCAAGAAUCUGAAGCAGCAUCAGCAAAAUCACGAUCCUUAUGACCACUGUCAAGAGGGCGGCCCGUUCUAAUUAUUAACAGUUGCUUUCUAUGGAAUGAGUUACCUAUAGUAAAUUAGUCAAUAGUAUACCUCCUAUAAAGUUUAUACUCUUGGACGUUACCUGAACACAACCAGUUAGUUACCCUAUACCCUUUAACUAUAUAAUGAUGUUUGUGUUAGGGAGCACCUCGAGAGGCUAGUGGCCUACUGUGCUUCCCUUUUCUGUGUGUUGGAUAAAUCUUAUUGAUUUAUUGAUUGAUUGAGUUUCCACCGCCUCCACUACCACAGCCUGAAACCGAUAAUGAUGAUAUAUUCAAGAUAAUGAUUCACCUGACCACAAUUAUGAGACAACAAUGCACACUUAUGACUACCAACCCAGCAUAGCAGGCAUCUCUGUUGAUACCAAUAUUGCCUAUGGUAUGGUUAAAGACAUUCGUACUACAGCUACUAAUUCAGCUCAGCAACAAGAUGAAACACCCCCUGCUACCAACCCAACCUUUGAAGAUCAGUGCAAUAUAUGAGUUAGCUUAAUUAUUGUUUAUCUGUUUCGCACCCAACAUUACAAACGAAAAGUGUUGCAUUAUUUGUAUAGACUAUACAAUUGAAUACCAUGCAUACCUACGUUAC